GAUCCAGAGCAGCGAACUAGGGACUGUGAGCCCAGGUUGACUUUAAGCACAUCUGAGACCCUGGAAAAAAUAGCUCCUUAGACGCCUGCAAAGAUUGGGGUGGAAGAGGGAACCGGACUGUGUUUUCCAGCGCGGUCUGAGGCUCAGCUUGGUGAUAUUCCUUGAAAUAACAGGGCAGGAAGACCAAUGGAGUCCAGAGGAAAGCGCUUUCCUAGACAAAGGCAAGUUCUGCUUCUCUUUGUUUUUCUGGGUGGGUCUCUGGCUGGGUCGGAGUCCAGACGGUAUUAUGUGGAUGAGGAAAAGGAGAAGGGCUUUUUAAUAGCGAAUCUGCUAAAAGAUCUGGGGCUGAAGGUAGGAGAACUAACUGAGAGAGGUGCACAAGUUGUGUCCAAAGGGAACAAACAGUAUUUUCAGCUCAAUCAUGAGACAGGUGAUUUGAUACUGAAUGAGAAAUUGGACCGAGAGGAGCUAUGCGGCCCCACAGAACCAUGUAUACUGCAUUUUCAGAUAAUACUGCAAGAUCCUUUGCAGUUUGUCAAAAAUGAACUCCAGGUCAUGGAUGUAAAUGACCACCCACCAGUAUUCUUUGAAAAUGAAAUGCAGCUGAAAAUCCUAGAAAGCACUCCACCAGGAACAAUAAUUCCUUUGGGAAAUGCUGAGGAUGUGGACGUGGGAAGAAACAGUCUCCAAAACUACACACUCGCUCCUAAUUCUUAUUUCCACAUAGUCACACGCAGUCGCAGGGACGGAAGGAAGUACCCAGAACUAGUGCUGGACAAAGCGCUGGAUCGGGAGCAGCAGCCUGAGCUCAGUUUAACACUCACAGCGCUGGAUGGCGGCUCUCCACCACGCUCUGGGACCGCCCAGAUCAACAUCCUGGUCUUAGACAUAAAUGACAAUGCUCCAGAAUUUGAGCAGACGCUCUAUGAGGUUCAAAUCCUUGAGAACAGCCCCAUUAACUCCGUCAUUGUCACUGUCUCUGCUUCGGAUUUAGAUGCAGGAACUUUUGGGACAGUAUCUUAUGCCUUUUUUCAUCCUUCUGAAGAAAUUCUCAAAACUUUCCAUCUCAAUCCCAUUACUGGUGCCAUGCACCUAGUCAAAUAUUUGAAUUUUGAAGAGAUUAAUAGUUAUGAAAUUGAUAUUGAAGCCAAAGAUGGAGGAGGCCUUUCAGGAAAAUCUACAGUCAUAGUUCAGGUGGUUGAUGUGAAUGACAACCCACCAGAACUGAGUUUGUCUUCAGUUAACAGUCCUAUCCCGGAGAACUCAGGACAGACUGUGGUGGCUGUUUUCAGCGUUUCUGAUCUAGACUCUGGAGACAAUGGAAGAGUGAUGUGUUCCAUCCAGAACGACCUGCCCUUCCCGCCGCGGUCGGCCAGCGUCACGCUGCACGUGCUGCUGGUGGACGGCUUCUCCCAGCCCUACCUGGCGCUGCCCGAGGCCGCCCCGGCGCAGGCGCAGGCCGACUCGCUCACCGUCUACCUGGUCAUCGCGCUGGCGGCGGUGUCGUCGCUCUUCCUGCUGUGUGUGCUGCUGUUCGUGGCGGCGCGGCUGUGCAGGAGGGCCAGUGCGGCCUCGCUGGGGGUCUGCUCGGUGCCCGAGGGCCCCUUCCCGGGCCACCUGCUGGACGUCAGCGGCACUGGGACCCUGUCCCACAGCUACCAGUAUGAGGUGUGUCUGAGGGGAGGGACUGGGACCAGUGAUUUCAAGUUUUUGAAGCCGAUUAUCCCCAGCUUCCUUGCUGAAGGUGUGGAGAGGGUUAGUGAGGCCAACCCCAGUGUCAGGAAUAGCUUUGAAUUCAAUUAAGCAUUAAUAAGUGAG